AUGGAGGCUAGUAACCUUGGGAAGAUUUUCCUCCUAGAGGUCGAUGAACCCACAGUUCACUUGGGAGCGAACGGUGCCUUGUUUUACAUCAACACUUCCUUCUGCGCGGGGCGCCGUAGCCGGCGCUGCCCGUGGGGGGCGAGGCGCCGAUGCCGCGCCGGGACAGAGACGGGGGCAACCGGGACGGGCCAGGCAGCCGGCGGAGGGGCCGGGGCCCCGCCCGCCGCGGAAGCGGGCAGAGGACUAGAAAGACCCCCAUCCAUACCAGAGACACCACCCUCCCUCCCCCGGCGAUUUUGCUUCCAAGUCGAGCCAACUACAGACACUCCAGGCGCCUGGACUCAGCGUGGGGACCGGCCCGGGGCAACCGGGGGCCGCGCGCAGCCCGCCCCUCGGCCCCCUCUCCGCCACCGGGACCCUUCACCCGCCCCAGGCCGGGGACGCGCGGGCGGCCGCUCAGAGGCCGGCGGGCGGGCGCGAGCCGCGCCUUAUAUCCGCGGAGGGCGGCGCUUGCGCAGGGACCCGCGCGGCGGCGCGGCCUUUGAAGUCCCGGCGGCUGCUGCUUUCAUCCCGUCUUUCUUCCCCUGCAAGCCCCUUUGUGUGACUAAAUUUGGCAAGAAUAUGGAUCCGAGCCAGUUUUUCCACGUGUGCUCCCAGCUCCCAGCUGAGAAGGCCAAGGGUUCUCUUCCGGGUAAGAAGACAGGGAGAAAGAUCAAAGAGUUUGGGGAGCUGGAUCUGAAAUGUGAAUUGAAAAUAAAAAUCAAGCCUGGACACAUUCCAGCUUCUAAAGCAAAACCAACCGUCAGCAGAGGCCAUCUAGCUAGGAUUUUCUUUCUUCUGCUCCCUUUCUUUCCCGCAACCAUUCUUGAGCACAUGGAAGAAAAUAAGGAAGACAUGGGGAAACACUUAGUUUCUCCAGAAAUUGUUUUGCAGUAA